UUCCAAAGUCAAGUUUUGACCCCUGCACUUUUUACCAUCCAAAAACAAUAUUACACUAUAUUAAAUUGACACUGGUUGAGCUCUAGGACCAAGCGGAAAACAACCGUUGGUGUUGAAGCCUGUUUCCCAUUAGAGCAUACUGUAAAGAUUCACACCCCACUCCAUGUCCCCCCACUUCUAAAGUGAAAAUUACGUCCAUGCUACGAAGGCUGUGAAAACAAAAUCGGCCCUUUUAUAUCAGUUAUCUCGCCGAGUGUAAACCAUCUACGCAUAACAGGUUCAUUAUCUGUUAUUAAGCCUUUGUAGCAGUAAGGUAGCUCUGGUGGAGCUGUGGGUGGAGGGGUCCAGGGCGCUGGAGGGUGUUUACACCUGAAAUCUGACCUGCUCUGCAGAUCCGUUUAUUUCUGUGCCUCUGAACACGCCCUCUCACCCUGUCGUCCUGCACUCAUGAAGUUUGGUAGAAACUCAGAAGUUUAAGAGUUCCAAUCUUUUCUUUAUGAUUCACUUAUGGUGCCACCUCUCCAUCCCGUUUCCUGCCCCUAUCUCUCUUUUAUGUUAAGUAGCGGGCCUGUUUUCUGUCAGUCGCUCUCUCCUUGAGUUUCAAUUCCAAACAUGGUGAUCCUUGUAGGGCCUCAUCAGUGGCCCCCUCCCCUACCCCUUCUCCGUCAGCUGUUGGCUCUUCAGAGCAGGCUGGUGGUGCAAGAGCACCGACGGAAAAGUGAAGCAAGAAACGCAACAGGAAGGCUCAGAAGGAAGGGACGGGGCAGAGAGCCAGAAGACAGGACAGGACACAGCAUGAGACGAGGAGGAGGAGGAGAAACCUGGUCCAGCUGUGUUUCUGUAACAAACAGAGCUGUGAGAACCUCUGUCUGAAGAAUUUUCCACUUCACAGCAAGGGAACAAAGCAACUUUUAGAUGUUUACUUCUUCACUCAGCAUCUGCCUGUUCCACAUUACAGGACUGAAGUAUCUCAAGGUUUAGUGGACCAGGAGCCCUUUAUAGGAACUGGCGCUUUCAUUUCUCCUGUGCUAUAGCUUCACCCAUUUUAAGCAUGACCGGUGACAACUCCACCCUUUGGGACAACUUGUUCUCUCCUCCAGUCUGUGAUGGCUGGAGCAACAACACAGAAGGGGCCAUCUACCAUUUGGGCAACACCAUCCUCUUCCUGGGCUACAUGGGGGGCAGUGGGGCCUACGGGUGCCUCUUCAUCUUCGGCUUCCUGCUUCCUGGCUUCUUGUGCCUGGCCCUAUGGGGCUGGAUGACGAUGUGUGGCCCAGACGUCUUCACCUGGAACAUCCUGCUGCUGCUGGCCUCCCUGCUGCAGAUCUGUCACCUCCUCUACCGGCUCCACCAGGAGGGCAUUCACAGCGAGGAGCUCUCCUCCCUCUACCAGCUGAUCUACCUGCCGCUGGGUGUGCCCGUCCAGGUGUUCAAGGAGAUUGCAAAGGCUUUUGAAAACAAGGUGGUGGAGCUGAAGACUGGAGAGAUAUACGCUGUGGAGGGCAAGACACCCAUCGACCAGCUCUCCUUUCUGCUCUCUGGGAGGAUCAGCGUGUCCUUGGAGGGUCAGUUCCUGCACUAUAUCCACCGUCACCAGUUCCUCGACUCUCCAGAGUGGGAGUCUCUAAGACCAAACGAGGAGGGAAGGUUCCAGGUGACCCUGGUGGCAGAUGAAGACUCCCGGUACGUCUCAUGGCGUCGCCGCCGUCUCUACAUGCUCAUAUCAAAAGACCGCUACAUUGCACGCCUCUUCUCUGUGAUGCUGGGAUUGGACAUUGCUGAGAAGCUCUACAACCUGAACAACAAGCUCUACAUAAAGAGUGGCGUGCUGCUGGACAUCCGUCUGCCGAGCCUCUACCAUGUCCUGGCCCCGUCCUCUCAGGGCAGCGAGGGUGGCAGCGUCAGUGAUGGAGGCAACACCAAGGAGCAGCACUCUGCUCCAGACCACCAGGUGUCCAGUCCUGGACAGCCUCAGCCUCCCAUACCUGCUCUCCAUGGACCAAACACAACAGCCCCAGAGUUUUCCCUGGCAAUGGAGCAUCAGCGCCCCUGGGCGCCAGAACCGGACCUGCCAACUGGUGAGGAUUCCACUAGCCUGGUCCUGGAGGACUUUGCUGAUGUGGCAGGAUCAUUAACGGAUUAUGGCAGUGAGAGAGAUUAUUUGAGGUAGAAGGGCAGGGAUCUGGAGCUAACACACUGGGUCACCACUUAAGCUACAUGAGAUGAGAGCAAUGAGAAUUUACCUCUUCAAUUCCAGAGAAGGAGAGCGCCGCUGGCUCCCACCAACACCCCCGAACUGUGAGAACAGUCCCUCCUGUUCUCACACGGGAGAGCCCGAUGCUCACCCCUGAACACGUGGAACAGAAAUUUUACCUCUGGUUUUUAAACUGACUGCCUUUUCACCCUGUCACCCCGAAGCCAAAGGGACAUCUGAUGUAUUUGUAUUGGGCUGAAUCUGUAGGAAACAGCUUUUUAUAAGUUUGUAAAGAUAAUGUUGUUGGCACCACACUACAGACACAUUAGGUUUGCAUUUCACACAACCGUUUCAGCUUUUUACAAAUGCACUUGAAUAUUUUGGUCAGUUCUAAGUGUAUUUCUGUGCCAAAGUGAUAAUUUGUCUAUUGUAGAUGGGUCUCUGAACAGCCUUUGUUCGGAGAAAUAGUGUUUCAGCCAAAGAGCACUGUUUAAACACAGCCAAGAGCAGAGUUUUAAAUUAGCUCCAAACCUCUGAAUGUCAUAGAAGUUUACAUGUCUUUGUUUUACAAACCUCUACACAGACAUCAGCUUAACAACAAAUGUUUAAUUUGUUGUAAAAAAAAUCCUGCAGGACUUGACCCCGAAUGACCCGGAAGUGCUGCAUUUAGCUUCUUUAAGCUUGUAAAUAAUUAUAUAAUUAAAAAAUCUGCUAAACAAUCAGAAAUGGUUUAUAGAAUUACAGAUGCAUGAAGUUGGAGAUUACAGCUUUUCUAUUAAUCCUGGAGCACACUGAAGGCACAUGUGUCGCGCUUUUGGGAAAUCAAAUGGUCACGCAGAAGCUGAGCGCUUCUUGGAAAGUCAUGCGAUAGUCACAACGUCACGCGGUACUUGAGAACAGAAAGCGGAAAGUGACUCGUUUUUACAUUAUCAGACUUGCCGUGGUGAUUUGUGAGACUAAUUCAUUAAAAAUGGGUAAGUACGCUAUUUAUUAUAAUGUUUUAAAGCCAAUGGUGCUUUAAAGUGAUCAAAACUGCGGUUGGGUAUCUGCUGUGAAGCUUUUCUGUGUCAUAAUGGCUGCUGUAAAGUUUUCUACAAUGUUGUAAACAGCCGCGCCACGGCACUUGAAAUACUACCAGAGCUUAUCUUCAGUGCCUCGGCGCAGCGCUCCCCGUAUAGAGCUCCGGGAGUUGACGUCACUUCUCCCGGCAUGCAACAGUUCAAAUCGAAACGGCGCCAUCUUGGCAGGCAGAAGCCCGCAGCUGGACUAUUUGUUAUUGUCAGAAAACUCAAUCAAACGGGAAAUAUGGUAGAUUCCUGUUGUGCCCCAGGAUGCAGAGCAGACACGGACGACAUAAGGAAUGAGCCUUCUACAGGAUUCCCCAAGAUCCGGAAUGCCGCAAACAUUGGAUCAUUGUAAUAAAACGCGCUAGUGACCGGGCUAAAAUGAAACUGUGUAUGGUAUUUAUUUCAAAUGCUUUUAUUACAAUUUUUAGUGGGCUUCCUAAACUUAUUUUGGCGUGGCUUUUUCUGUCUUAUUACUCAUAGCUACAAGUAAACAUCACGUAAAACGUUGCCUCGUGAGUUCUGCAUGCUGCCGUUUACGUGUUUUAUGAUCACAGCAAUUAACCAGCUAAGCUGUAUUUAAUUUUUAAGCAAUGGUUGAUCAAUUGUCAGAUCACACAUAAAAAGCACUUUGGAUUGCUAUUAUCUGGCUCACCGAGACAGAUCUCAGACAGAUCCUGAGACGCUCCUACCUGACAUAUUUAUUUUAUUCACGGAAAAAAAUCACACUAGUGAUUUCUCUUGGUGUUCAGUUUAUACAUUCAAACAGCACAGCUCUCUAUUUAAACUACUUAAAUGUAUUUGUCCAUCCAUCCAUCCAUCCAUUUUCAUCCGCUUAUCCAGAGUCGGGUUGCGGGGGCAGUAGCCUAAAGCCUGGUUUAUGCUUCUCCGUCAGCUCCGCAAGGGACAGCCACGCACGGAUUGACGGAAGCGUUUUGCUCUUUUACUUCUCCGUCUCCUGGAGAGUGUUGCAAAGCAAUUGCCCGGCAGGACAACAGAGGGCGUAGCGCUGUUCUGUGGUAUCCUGUGGUGUAUCGGUCCAAGAUAGUGUGUUAAUAUUGUGUUUUUUGUGUAUAUAAGAGACUUUUAACACGGACAUAUUUCUCUCUCAUUCUCCCAUCGCUUCAUGCGCUCCCCACCUCUAAACCCAGGUUUCCUGUAAUUUCUGUCCACAAAUAAAACGCUUGCUGCGCAUCUUUUCACUCCUCCAGUCAUGGGAGAAUUAAACGUUCAUAUUUUUAGAGUUUUUUCGCGAGGUAUUCUUCAAGCUUCUCCGUGUCUGCCGCUAGUUAUCCUCGGCUCUCUUUGCAAUGGUGGCGCCGUAAACAACAGCGGUGUCCUGACCAAUCACAAGCUUGCGUAAUCUGUCUCGUUUGACGGAUGUUUAAAAAAGUGGGCUCAACUCCGUACGUACUUGCGUGCCUGCUGGAGCCCUACGCAAGGGCGGAUAAUGGCGUUGCGUGUCUCCGCACUGACGCAGAUGGAGAAGCAUAAAUCAGGCUUAAGUCGAGAGGCCCAGACUUCCCUCUCCCCAGCCACUUGGGCCAGCUCCUCCAGGUCCAGUAAGAAGUCCGCUCCGACAGCUUCUGGCGUUUUAAAAAGUAUCCCAGGGGCACGGUAAGGGUCGGAGAUGUUUAGUCUAUUUAACUUCUAACUAUAUAAAACGAUUUCUUCAGUGUUAAAGUGUGAAGUAAACUCAGACGAAGUAAAAUCCAAGCCGAUCCCGUUCAUUUUGUUUACAUUUGUUGCCUGCCAACAUGGCGUCUACUCUCUGAGAGUCAUGUGACGUCCGGAGCUCUAUAGCCACUCUCAGUAACUAAAAUCAGCUGAAAUGACCAACAUUACGGUUUAUCCAGAUUGAACUGGAAAUCUUUUAUUUUGUUAUUCCGUUUUAAAUACCUUUUAAUUUAGUGUUUGUAGAUGUCUUUUUAAUUGUAUGUGUGUUUUUACACUGUUUUUAUGUGCUGUGCUGACGGCUGCAAAAGAAGUUCCUAACAGAUGAAUAAAGUGAAUUUGAAAUGGCUUAUUUUGAAAAUGACGGCACGGGGGUGAUGUGGUUUAGUGUGCCCCAGGCUUUAUUCUUUGGUUGUGGCUAAGCCGUUAGCUAAUCUAGCUGUAUGGCGUAUUCUCUAUUUCUUCAAAGAGAGGCUGUUCAUGAAUCCAUUUGGUAAGAUCAUUUUUGUUUAAUAACAACUACAUUUUAGAAAUGGGCAAAAUAUUUAUGUCAGAUUAAAUGAGAUUUCCUCCAUUAUUUGUCUGAUUUUUAGAUAAAAACAGAACGUUCAUCAGAAACGACCUGCCAGAGGGUCGUGCUUGUGUCAGACUUCCAUCGCUACACGUUUGUGUUUCGUUGGGGCUUUAAUGUCAGAGCCUGAUGGGAAUUUUCUCUGGAAUAGUUCCUUUUCCUUCUCACGCUGACAGAUCAUACCACGGUUAAAGUUUGACAGUAAAGGAGUGAGUUUUUAUGUGUUAAUAAAACAGGACUGAUGAGAAAAA